AAGUGUAUUCCACGUGGCUGUAGUGCGGGUGGGGUUUGCAAAUUAACAUUUUGCUUUAAGAAUCUGAGAGAGAGUAAGAGCCGGAGAGAGGUUGUGGCUUUUUGGCCCUAUAAAUUGGGGACAAGCCCACUUGCCUCUUAUUCAAACCAGAGAUAUCAAAUACUAAGCAGCAUCUCAUCUCUCUUCUCCUUCUCUUGCUUAGAACUUUUAGUUGGGAGAAGAAGGUGAGUUCUUAAUAAAAAGGAAAUUCAGUACUUAAGAGAGACCAUAACUCUUUAUAUAUAUAUGUAAUGGAAGGUGUAAGAAGGCAACAAUCCAUGGAGUAUUACAAAGGAGAUAAUACUAUGACGAGUGAUGUAGCAGUUGAAGACAACACUGUUGAUUGGAGAGGCAGACCUUCCAAGCCUAAGCAUGGUGGUAUGAGGGCUGCGGCUUUUGUUCUUGGGCUUCAAUCGUUUGAGAUAAUGGGGAUAGCAGCAGUGGGCAACAACCUCAUAACGUAUGUGAUAAACGAAAUGCACUUCCCUCUUUCAAACUCAGCUAACAUAGUGACAAACUUUGUUGGAACUGUCUUUCUCUUGGCUCUUCUUGGUGGAUAUCUCUCUGAUUCUUAUCUAGGCAGUUUCUGGACCAUGCUAAUCUUUGGCUUCGUUGAACUUUCUGGGUUCAUAUUACUGUCAGUCCAAGCUCAUCUUCCUCAGCUAAAGCCACCAAAAUGCAACAUAACGAGUGGAGAGGUGUGCGAAGAAGCGAAGGGUUUCAAAGCGUUGAUAUUCUUCAUAGCACUAUAUUUGGUGGCGUUGGGAAGUGGGUGUGUGAAGCCUAACAUGAUAGCUCAUGGAGCUGACCAGUUCAACCCAGAUAAUCCCAAACAGACCAAGAAGUUGUCCACCUACUUCAACGCUGCCUACUUUGCUUUCUCAAUGGGAGAGCUCAUUGCUCUCACACUCCUUGUUUGGGUCCAAACUCAUUCCGGCAUGGAUGUCGGGUUCGGUGUCUCAGCCGCAGCCAUGGCCAUGGGCCUCAUCAGCUUAGUCUCUGGUACUUUGUAUUACCGGAAUAAACCUCCUCAAGGAAGCAUUCUCACUCCCAUUGCUCAAGUUUUUGUGGCUGCUAUAGUGAAGAGAAACCAGGCUUAUCCAUCAAAUCCACAAAUGCUUCAUGGAAUCCAUAACAUGAACUACAACAACAACGUUGGCUUUUCGUCUGAUGCUGACACUUUAUUUCCUCACACCCAAAAGUUCAGGUUUUUGGACAAAGCUUGCAUCAAAAGCCAAGAUGGGACGAUGAGUAGUAGUACUACUAGCAGUAACAGAAAAGAGUCUCCAUGGAGAUUAUGCAGUGUUAGUCAAGUGAAUCAAGUGAAGAUAUUGUUGUCAGUGAUUCCAAUCUUCGCUUGCACAAUCAUUUUCAACACCAUUUUAGCUCAGCUCCAAACUUUCUCAGUCCAACAAGGGAGCAUGAUGGACACCCGUCUCACCAAAUCCUUCCACAUUCCCCCAGCCUCCCUCCAGUCCAUCCCAUACAUCAUGCUCAUCUUCGUGGUCCCUCUCUACGACGCUUUCUUCGUCCCAUUCAUCCGCCGUUUCACCGGCCACCCCUCCGGGAUCUCGCCCUUGCAGCGAAUUGGAUUUGGCCUCUUCUUCGCGACCUUUUCCAUGGUUUCCGCUGCCCUAAUGGAGAAGAAAAGAAGGGACUCUGCCACGAAAUCAAAUGAAAUAAUCUCUAUCUUUUGGAUCACUCCACAAUUCUUGAUCUUCGGAAUAUCUGAGAUGUUUACAGCUGUAGGUCUCAUUGAGUUCUUCUACAAACAAUCCAUGAAAGGGAUGCAAGCUUUCUUGACAGCCAUAACCUAUUGUUCAUACUCAUUUGGAUUCUAUUUGAGCUCCCUUUUGGUGUCUAUUGUUAAUAAGAUCACUUCAAGGUCCUCUGAUGGGGGUUGGUUGGGUGAUAAUAAUCUCAACAAGGACAGGCUUGACCUCUUCUAUUGGCUACUUGCAGCACUAAGUUUCCUUAACUUUCUCAAUUAUCUCUUUUGGUCUAGAUGGUUCUCUCGUGACGAUUAUUCAUCUUCAUCGUCUUCAACUACUGGCCACCAGAACAUGGAACAGGAUCACCUCAAUAAAAUUCAUUGCUUCAACUCCUCAAAACUCGAUGCUGCUCAAUUAGGCGAACAGAAUAUACCAUAACUACUUCUGCUGCUUAAUUAUUAAUUAUUAUAUAUUUAAAUCUAGCUGGGUGUAGCCUGAAAUAUAUAUUAUAUAAUUAAGUUGCUGAAAAAAAAAAUCAUAUACAAAAAAAGGAAAAAUUAUCUAAUUGUUUCCAUAAAAUGUAUAGAAAUAAUAUAAGCUAGCUAGCUGUAUGUGUUAUACAGCACCAUAAUAUUAGUGAUAUAUAUGAGAAAGUGGCAUGGAUUUCAUCUAGAUCUCUUAAUUUGAAUAUCCUUAAUUUAGACAAA